AUGAUGUCCUACAUAAAGCAACCCCAUUACACCAUGAACGGGUUAAAUUUGCCUGGCCCCGGUAUGGAUGUGCUGCACACAACCGUCGCCUAUCCGUGUAAGCAGUAUAAUAAUCCUCUCUGUGUGUCUCUUUGGUUUGCAGCCACUCCCCGGAAGCAGCGCAGAGAGCGCACCACCUUCACCCGGACACAGCUGGACAUCCUGGAGGCCCUGUUCUCCAAGACCCGCUACCCAGACAUCUUCAUGAGGGAGGAGGUGGCCCUCAAGAUCAACCUGCCUGAGUCACGUGUGCAGGUUUGGUUUAAAAACCGCCGUGCCAAGUGCCGUCAACAGCAACAGCAGAGCAGUGGCCAGUCCAAACCCCGCCCCCCUAAAAAGAAGGCUUCUCCAGUGCAGGAACCCAGCGCCCCUGAUCCUGUUCCUAACCCAUCUGGCUCCUACAGCCCCUCCUCUGCCCAGUCAGGCCCCAGCCUGGCCCCGAGCUCCAGCACUGGAAACACUGCAGUGUCCAUCUGGAGCCCGGCCAUCUCGCCCCUGCCCGACCCCCUGGCCUCCUCCUCUGCGCCCUGCAUGCAGCGGCCCUCCCCCUACCCCAUGAGCUACGGCCAGCCGUCGGCCUACAGCCAGGGCUACGCCAGCACCACCUCCUACUUCACCGGCCUGGACUGCAGCGCCUACCUGUCCCCCAUGCACUCGCAGCUGUCAGGCACUGUGGGCGCCCUCAGCCCCAUCACCGUGCCCUCCAUGGGGGGCUCCCUAAGCCAGUCCCCGGCCUCGCUGUCCUCGCAGGGCUACAGCACUGCCUCCUCCCUGGGCUUCACCUCUGUUGACUGCCUGGACUACAAGGACCAGCAGGCCUGGAAACUGGGCUUCACCACAAUGGACUGCCUGGACCACAAGGACCAAAACUCCUGGAAGUUCCAGGUCCUCUAGAAGGGGAGAGAGGGUGUGUCAACAUGUCAUGCGUCUCAACGAGUCCGGUGUGAGAUAGUGCGAGGCAGUGCAGCCAGAGGACUCGUUAUCUUUGAUUUUCAGUUUCUCGUUUGUAAGAUUUUGGUUUAUUUUCGAAAGGGUGACCUCUGUAGAAUUUGAUUUGAAUGACUUUGGAGAUGAAGGGACCAGGGACUGUCAUCGAUGCUGCCUGACUGCAAAUCAUUUAUCUGUUGUCUUCUUCACGCUACGUUAAAUAAGAGAACAAAAGCUUUGAAAGAGUUUGUAGGGAAAUACUGGAGUCGUGCUUAUAAAAACACACCGGGCCAUCUCUUCUUUUAACAAGACCGUCUGAUUCAGACACUGUUUCAUCAACUGCCGU